GACAAAGGCUGCUCAAUAUCCAUACCGCGGUCGCAUUGUUUUCUUGUUUACCAGCGCCAUGUCCGACUCGGAGCUGUCAGAAGCCUCGAGCGAUUUGGCGCCGUCCGAUCGCGAUCUUGAAAAGAGCCUUCGGCAGGAAUUAACCAAGGCUCACAAAGCCGGAAUUGAGUUCUCUGUCAAUUCUAUUCGUGAAGCCUCAGAGCAGAAGCUCGGUCUAAGGAAGGACUACUUCCGAAAUCAUGAAACAUGGGCAAAGCGAAGUAAGGAUGUCAUCAAGGAUCAAAUGUCCACCCUUCCGGACGAUGAGGCCCUCUCAAUGAAGCCAAGAGACGAACCAUGCAAAGAAGGCAAGCCCACGAUAAAAAAGCGGCGAUCCGUUGAACGACAGACUGCGCCAAGGAAAAAGCAGAAAAUUGCAAAAGAGGAGCAUCAGUCAGAAGGUACAUCUUCGCCGUUGAGCGAGCUCGACCCAGAUCCGCCUAAGCCAAAGUCAAAAUCCAAACCAGAAAAGCCCUCCGCGAAAGUGCUGACCACCAAGUCAAAGCCGUCAAAAUCGAACACUAAGAAGGCAGGAAGGAAUAUAUCCGACGAAGACAACUCUUCCGAUGAGGCUUCAGCAUCCGAGACACAUGACAAGAAUGUAAAUAAUGAUGUGGACUCGGACAGUGAAAUGUCGGUGCUUCUCGACGAAGAGCCCCAGCCCAAGAAGAGAAGAAAAGAAACUCCGCAAGGCAGACAGAAGAAGCCUGCAGCCACCAAAGCGAACCCAGAUGCAGAUGCUGAUCCCGAUCAAGCGGAGAUAAAACGGCUUCAGGGCUGGCUCGUCAAGUGUGGGAUCCGCAAGCUAUGGGGCAAGGAGCUCAAACCCUACGAAACACCAAAGUCCAAGAUUAAGCACCUGAAGGAGAUGUUGGCGGAUGUCGGAAUGACUGGCCGAUAUUCUAUCGAAAAGGCCAAUCAGAUAAGGGAGGCCCGAGAAUUGGCGGCAGAUAUUGAGGCUGUUCAAGAGGGUGCCGAACGUUGGGGUGCCGAUGAGGAGACCAAGAACCAAGGACAGCGGGCUAGUCAAGGACGGCCUGCGAAGCGGUUGGUGAGAGGCGCAAAGCACUACGACUUCCUGAGUAGUGAUGGCGAGGAGACUGACUAACAUCGUCGGCAAGCACCGUUGGCUCGAGAAGGAGAUCGGUGUGCCGCCAUUCUUGACUUGUACUAUCACCAGAGGGAUAUCGUUUGUCAUCGGAUACUUUUAUUGUUGCUCAUGCGCUGCGCCACCAGGCUGAAGACGGCGACUGAGGAAAUGAACAGAACAAGGUUGUAAAACUACCCAGAUACUUAGUGACCCCUUGUGCAU